AUGGGUUGCCUACGUGGACGAUUGCAGUUAUUGUUUUGGGGUGUUUGGCUCUUAUGGGAAUUAUCAUCACUCUCGUGUACUUUUUGCGCCGGAAAAAGCCUUCAGGAGGAAAUUUGCGACAAAAUGGAUCACCUCAAUAUCCGUUAUCCCCAAUUAAGAAUUCCUUGGCUUUUAAUAAACAAGCUACGCAGUCCCUCAAUAUGGACGGAAGCAGGCAGCAACCAAAUGGCAUGCAGCGUCAGCCAUCGUUUGGCGGUCGUGGUGGCAUGCCCGUUCAGGGACAAGGAGGCAUGCAGCGUCAGCCAUCGUUUGGCGGUCGUGGUGGCAUGCCCGUUCAGGGACAAGGAGGCAUGCAGCGUCAGCCAUCGUUUGGCGGUCGUGGUGGCAUGCCUGUUCAGGGACAAGGAGGCAUGCAGCGUCAGCCAUCGUUUGGCGGUCGUGGUGGCAUGCCCGUUCAGGGACAAGGAGGCAUGCAGCGUCAGCCAUCGUUUGGCGGUCGUGGUGGCAUGCCCGUUCAGGGACAAGGAGGCAUGCAGCGUCAGCCAUCGUUUGGCGGUCGUGGUGGCAUGCCUGUUCAGGGACAAGGAGGCAUGCAGCGUCAACCAUCGUUUGGCGGUCGUGGUGGCAUGCCCGUUCAGGGACAAGGAAGUAUGCAGCGUCAGCCAUCGUUUGGCGGUCAUGAUGGCAUGCCCGUUCAGGGACAAGGAGGCAUGCAGCGUCAACCAUCGUUUGGCGGUCGUGGUGGCAUGCCCGUUCAGGGACAAGGAGGCAUGCAGCGUCAGCCAUCGUUUGGCGGUCGUGAUGGCAUGCCCGUUCAGGGACAAGGAGGCAUGCAGCGUCGGCCAUCUUUUGGCGGUAUGCCGCAAUCUAGUGUGCAGCGACGUGUGA